GAGUCGCCAGCUGUGUCCACAGCAAGUUUCUCCUGUGUUAUUUGAAGCUUUAAACAGACGUCGCGGCCCGGGCCCUCGGUGCGAUUCGAGACCAGUACGAUCAAGAUCUGCAAGCAUGACGGUUCGUGCACUGAGCCUCACCCUCCUUCUGUGCCUCCUCGGGGGCCUCCACGGUCAGGAGAUCGACCCUGACGCGGAGGUGUUUGAGGUCGCCGAAGGGGGUACGGUGGUUGUGAACCAGCCCACGCUCCCCGAGAUCAACGUCAACACCAGCAACGUCAUCCACAACAACAUCCCCGGUCCCACCGUGGUCGAGGUCCCCGCUGCUCAACCGGCGGCGGAGGUCGUCACCGUCCCGGUGCCUGUCCCGACUGUGGCGACGACCGCCGCCCCCGCCAUCGUCAACCCCGCCGUCGUCAACCCCACCGUGGUGAACCCCACCGUCGUCAACCCCACCGGCAUGCGUUACGGCGUGGGCGUCGUGCCCCUCGGCAGCCUGCUCAUGGGCGGCGGGCUCGGCGGCAUGGGGCUCGGCGGCAUGGGACUCGGCGGCAUGGGCCUGGGCGCCGCCAUGAUGCCCCGGCUCAUCAUCGGCCGCUGAGCCUCUCCUGACCGACGAGUCGAUGCAGCAGAAUGUCGCCCCCUUCUCCGCAAUUAAAGUUUGUCACGCGGGGUGGA